GCUGGCUGGUGGCCGCGCCGCGUCCGGGCAAGCGCCUCUCCGGCCACUCGCGCCUCGGGCGGGGAAGGCGGCAGGGACGCAGGGAGGGGGCGCCUGGCCUCGCGUGUCCCCGCGCCACGGCCGUGUCCUCCUCUACACUUGGAAAAGAAGCCUCGCCGUGGCCCUAAGGGAGCCCAGCCCUGAGCCCCGUCUUCCUCUGGGACUCCUCCACCAAGAAGAGGCACCCCACAAGCGGCACUGCUUCCCUUUCUUCGCCUUGGCAGCCUCUUCCGCGUGACUUUCUUCCUAUUGCUGCUCUUCGCAUCAUCAUCAUCUUCUUCCUCCUCCUCCUCUUCUUCUUCUUUGGGAAGUCCCAACGCAACCGUGCACCAUUCCACUGUGGACUCUGUACCCUCUCACAGAGAUGGGAGAUAUGGGAGACCCACCGAAAAAGAAGCGGCUGAUCUCCCUCUGCGUGGGCUGCGGGAACCAGAUCCACGACCAGUAUAUCCUGCGGGUUUCCCCGGACCUGGAAUGGCACGCGGCGUGCUUGAAAUGCGCGGAAUGUAACCAGUAUUUGGACGAGACGUGUACCUGCUUUGUUAGGGACGGGAAGACCUACUGCAAGCGGGAUUAUAUCAGGCUCUACGGCAUCAAGUGCGCCAAGUGCAACAUCGGCUUCAGCAAGAACGACUUCGUGAUGCGGGCCCGCUCCAAGGUCUACCACAUCGAGUGCUUCCGCUGCGUGGCCUGCAGCCGGCAGCUCAUCCCCGGGGACGAGUUCGCGCUGCGGGAGGACGGGCUCUUCUGCCGCGCGGACCACGACGUAGUGGAGCGGGCCAGCCUGGGGCCCGGGGACCCCCUCAGCCCCCUCCACCCGGCCAGGCCCCUCCAGAUGGCAGCAGAGCCUAUCUCGGCCCGGCAACCGGCUCUCCGGCCGCACGUCCACAAGCAGCCGGAGAAGACCACCCGGGUCCGGACCGUCCUCAACGAGAAGCAGCUCCACACCUUGCGGACCUGCUACGCCGCCAACCCGAGGCCCGACGCCCUCAUGAAGGAGCAACUGGUGGAAAUGACUGGCCUCAGUCCCAGGGUCAUCCGGGUCUGGUUUCAAAACAAGCGCUGCAAGGACAAGAAGCGGAGCAUCAUGAUGAAGCAGCUCCAGCAGCAGCAACCCAACGACAAGACGAACAUCCAGGGCCUGACGGGCACUCCGAUGGUGGCCUCCAGUCCGGAGCGGCACGACGGGGGCUUACAGGCGAACCCGGUGGAGGUGCAGAGCUACCAGCCGCCUUGGAAAGUCCUCAGCGACUUCGCCUUGCAGAGUGACAUCGACCAACCCGCCUUUCAGCAACUCCACUCUCGGCAUAAUAUUGAUGAGAGACUUGGGCUAAGAAAGAAUGGCUGGUGCCUAAGCCCACUGAAUGAAUAUAAGGUUAAUUUUUCCGAAGGAGGACCAGGUUCCAAUUCUACCGGAAGUGAGGUAGCAUCUAUGUCCUCUCAACUCCCAGAUACACCCAACAGCAUGGUAGCCAGUCCCAUUGAGGCAUGAGGAACAUUCCUUGCAAAAUUGUGGUCCUUUGUGGAAACUUUUGGCCCCCUGCUGGAGAGAGUGGGAAAACUAUCACCUUUGGGGCCUGGAGAGGGGGACAAUUCAAAAGAAAGCAGGACAAAGAAGGAAGAAAAAGAAGAAAAAAAAGUAUUUAACACAGCUGUGUUCAUGAACCUAAUGGAAAGAAACCUCCACGAACUGUCUGGGGAUUCUUGUUUGUUCCUCUCCUUUUUUUUUUUUUUGGUUGUUUUGUUUUGCAAUGAUAAGGUAGCAACACUGUGAAGACAAUCAUGGGAUCUUACUAGAAUAAUAUUCCUAAAGAGCAAAUGAAAAAUGCUUUUUAAUAAUAAUAAUAUUAAUAUUAUUGAUAAUAAUAAUAAUAAUCCACCCACACUUAAAGGAUCGUAGGAGGAAGAGGAAAACAAAAAAGAGACCUUGGGAUCCUGAGAUCUCCUGUUCCAAAAGGACAUCUUUCAGUGACUGCACAUCCUGGAGAGAGACAAGGACACAAAGGAGACAAAAAAAACACAAAAACGCCCAGUUGACCAUCUUGACGCGAAUGGUGCUCUUUCUAUACUGGCCUUUCCCUUGCCAAAUAAAAAGAAAAAAGAAAGAAAAAAUAUUAAAUAAAUUUAAACAAAUAUAUAAAUAAAAUGUUAAAAUAAUUUAAGACAUAAGAAGGAGCUCGGAUAAGGUUGCAUUUUCCAAGAAGGAGAAAGGACAAUCUUGACUCACGACCAGAAUGAGCCAUUUCGAAGGUGUGGAGCUGCGUUCGGUUUGGAAUCUCUCUCUCUCUCUCUUUCUUUCUCCUCUCUUUUUCUUUCUUCCUUCCUUCCUUCUUCCCUGUGGUUUCAGUUCUGUCUUUAGAGGGUUCUUGAAAGGCUUGGGGCCGCCAAUAGCAUGUACUGUAGCUAUUUCUUCUUUCCCUUCUCCUGUUUUUAAGGAGUAUUGGGAGGAUUGUUUGGGUUGACUUGACUCCCUUGUUCUUUAUGAUUUCUUUUUCAAGGAGGUUGGGGAUUUUUUCUUCUCUUUUUACAACAUUUUGUUUCCUGGGUUAAGAAAACCAACGAAAAACAUUCGCAACAAGGUAUACCUCUCUUUAAUCACCUCAUCACACUAGAAAAUGAAUCCACUUUAAAUCCGGUUGCUGCCUCCUGCAGAAUUCUGGGAUUUGUAGUUUUAGGAAGGAUGGACUUAGAGGAAAGAGCUUUGCAGUGAUAUGCAAAGAUACAGGCAUGGAGAAAAUUAAUGAAAGGAAGAAGUCACUAUAUUUACUUUUUCUUUUUACCUAUUUUCCUUUUUUCAUACUUCUUCAUUUUCCUAUUUUCCUUUGAUCAUUUGUUCCCCUACUUUCAUUGUACUCUUACGUUUAAGUAUAUAGUUGAUAAAAUAUUAUUUUUUUUAAAAAAGGAAGGAGCCUUUAACGGCCUCACUAAACUACAAAUCCCAGAAUUCUGCAGGAGGCAGAAACCGGAUUUAAAGUGGAUUCAUUCUCUAGUGUGAUGAGCUCACACACAAAGGGCGUUUUUCGGGGUUGUGUUUUCGACUGGCAUUGGAUCAGUAACAUUCCCCUUUCCUCCCCCCUCCUCUCUCUUUCCCCCAAAGAUGUGUAUAUUUCUUGUUUCUUUAAUUUUCUUCUCUUUCUUUCUUUCUUCCUUUCUUUUUCUCUCUCUCUCCUUCGCUGAAAAUAAAAGAGGAGGGGAGGGCAUCCUUUUGUUUUUGUUGGCUCUCUGAUUGCAAAAAUUAUAAAGUAAUUUAUUAUUUAUUAUCCGAA